UUCACCAAAUAUUGCUGACUUCUUUCACAAAGCAAUGAAAAUGAAAAACAAAUCAAAUUUACUAUCAAUUAAGAAAAGUAAUAUUUCGCUAUAUGUUACAAUUGAAAUGUUGCAUCCCACUAUUUAAGUCGCUCAAAAUGGUGUAAAAAGUUAUUUUGCUGCAAUUUUACCAAAUUACUUCACUGUUACACCAAGGUAUGGCAGCUUUGUUCUAAUCCAACUGACUAGCUGAACAUCAAACGAGUUCUUCCGGUGUUGUUGCUACUCCUGCAGCGACCCUUAACUGUUGGCUAGGGAGGUAUGUUUUGCCCCUUUGUUGCGACCUCUGGUGAUGAAUAACCGACACCACAUAGUGCUUCCCAUGUGAUGCCGCAGCCCUGCCUCAUUUGCUCUCCUUAUACUAUGUUCACACUACCAGUUAAAACGUGUUUUAAGUCUGAUUUCGUGUUUUAAGAGAAAUAACAUGUUUUCCCAUCGCGUUAUUUCAUAUAGCGAAACGUCAUUUUAAAACCUGUUUUUUCUAAAUAACACGUCUCGAGGUAAUAUAUUUGUGAAUCGAGCACAACCCUGCGAGCUUUUACUGUCAGUUUGUGACAUCGUCAAAUGACAAUUCCAUGACAAUUGUAUACAUUUCGUUGCGAUGACAAAUGUGUACACUUCGUUGCGGUGGCAAUUGUAUACACUUCAUUCUUCAUAAUUUUGUUUUGGUGGCUGGUGCACGUGAUUUGCUUCGAAAAUAAUGGAGCCUGAACGCAGUUCAAAGAAAACGAAGAAAAAUCGAUGGAGCGCUGCUUGCAUUGAUUUGCUGGUAGAGCUGUGGGCCGACAAAAUUGCGGAUUUGCGAGGAAAUCGUAAAAACAACCACGUCUACCAGGAAAUUAGACAUGAGCUGGACAAAAGGGGUUUUACCGUAGGAACGGACGAAAUUAAAGUGAGAAUUCACAACCUCACAUCAAAAUACAAGAAAGAGAAAGCUCUAAUCGGUCCCUCCGGAGGAUCACCGUCGACCUGGCCGUUUUAUGCCAAAAUCCACAGCUUUUUGGGUACAUUCCCAAUAACCAACGUGUCUCAACGAGUUGAAGAAAGCUUCUCUGAAUUAUUGCCAGAUGCUGAGAUAAUUGCAGAAUAUGUAGAAGAAACCGUUGAUUCCGAUCUAUCCUACGCAGGACCGUCGCUGGAUUCUGAAAUGCCGUUGAGACCUGGAAAGAAGGAGAAGAAAAAUAUAUUUCAGAACGAGCUUUUAAAACGAUGGGAUAAAAUGGAGGAAGCAUCUAGAGAACAGAACGAAUAUUUGAGAGAGACAGAUCAAAAGUUGUUUGAGUUGGAGUCGCAACGAACCGCUCUACUCGAAAGAUUUGUUCAAAAUUCAGCUGAAAUGAAAGACGCUUUCAUUUCCUUCCUAGGCUCCAGAAAUUAGUUAUUCUAAACAAAUAUGAAUAAACAUUAAUACUUACUGAAGAAGCUGGCUGUUCAGGAUAUAUACGACCCUUUUCACUUCUUAGCUGUUCUAUAAUCCACUUUGAAUUAAGAUGAUCGUCGUUUACAUUGAGGAAGUUAUGAAGUACACAGC